GGCAGCUGCAGAGCGCUGGCAGCGCCGAGCCGCGCGGGCCGCCCCCGCGCCGCCCCGGCUCCCGCGGCCCGGCGGCCGCCGCAAGCCGCCCAUGGUGCAGCGCAUGCGGGCCGAGGCGGCCGGGCCUACGGGCGGCGCCGAGCCGCUGUUUCCGGGCUCCUGGCGGAGCCGCAGCGUGUGGGACGCGGUGCGCCUGGAGGUGGGCAGCCCCGGCAGCUGCCCGGUGGUGCUGCACAGCUUCACGCAGCUGGACCCCGACCUGCCGCGCCUGGAGAGCUCCACGCAGGAGAUUGGCGAGGAGCUGGUCAACGGGGUCAUCUACUCCAUCUCCCUGCGCAAGGCCCAGGUGCACCACGGCGCAAACAAGGGCCAGCGCUGGCUCGCAUGUGAAAAUGAGUCAGGCCUGAGCCUGUAUGAGACUUGCAAGGUCCGGUCUGUGAAGGCCGGCACGCUGGAGAAGCUGGUGGAGCACCUGGUGCCUGCCUUCCAGGGCAGCGACCUCUCCUACGUCACCAUCUUCCUGUGCACCUACCGGGCCUUCACCACCACCCAGCAGGUCCUGGACCUGCUGUUCAGAAGUCGGGGGUCAGCCAGUGACUCUGGACAUCAUAGCAGGUACAGUAGAAGUGACACCUUCACGGCCCCCUCUAGAUACGGAUGCAUCCUCCCGUAUUCCAGCGAGGACGGUGGACCCCAGGACCAGCUGAAGGAUGCCAUCUCCUCCAUCCUGGGCACCUGGCUGGACCAGUACUCAGAGGACUUCUGUCAGCCCCCGGACUUCCCCUGCCUCAAGCAGCUGGUGGCCUACGUGCAGCUCAACAUGCCUGGCUCUGACCUGGAGCGCCGUGCCCACCUUCUGCUGGCCCAGCUGGAACACGCGGAGCUCACUGGGGCCGAGCCAGACGUUCUGUCACCAGAUCCUGUUCCAGAGCCAGCUCCUGUGCCAGCUUUGGAGCUAGUGCCAGUGUCAGGGCCAGAGCCACUGCCAGCUCUAGCACCAGGCCCACUACCAGCUCCGGAGCCAGAGCCACUGCCGGCUGCGGAACCGGGUCCGGUACCAGCUCUGGAGCCAGAGCCACUGCCAGCUGUGGAACCAGGCCCACUACCAGCUCCGGAGCCAGAGCCACUGCCGGCUGUGGAACCGGGUCCGGUACCAGCUCCGGAGCCAGAGCCACUGCCAGCUGCAGAACCAGGCCCACUACCAGCUCCGGAGCCAGAGCCACUGCCAGCCCCACCGGCGGCUCCCGCACCCACUCCAGAGGCGGGGCCGGUUCUCCUGCAAACUUUCGAGUCAGGCUCAGCCCCAGCCCCAGAGCCUUCCUGGUCUUCGCCUGGGGCUGCAGAGAAUGAGCUGCCUGAGCAGCCCCACGUCUUGGCGUUCCCUCCCGAUCUGGUGGCCGAGCAGUUCACGCUGAUGGAUGCGGAACUGUUCAAAAGGGUGGUGCCCUACCACUGCCUGGGCUCCAUCUGGUCCCAGCGGGACAAGAAGGGCAAGGAGCACCUGGCACCCACCGUCCGCGCCACUGUCACCCAGUUCAACAAUGUGGCCAACUGCGUCAUCACCACCUGCCUGAGGGGCCGGCACGCCACAGCCCGCGACAGGGCCAGGGUGGUGGAGCACUGGAUCGAGGUGGCCAGGGAGUGCCGAGUCCUCAAGAACUUUUCCUCCCUCUACGCCAUCCUCUCUGCUCUGCAGAGCAACUCGAUCCACCGGUUGAAGAAAAUGUGGGAAGACGUUUCCAGGGACAGCUUCCGAGUCUUUCAGAAACUGUCUGAGAUUUUCUCUGACGAGAACAACUACUCUCUGAGCAGAGAGCUGCUCAUUAAGGAGGGGACUUCCAAGUUCGCCACCCUGGAGAUGAACCCCAAGAGAGCCGAGAAGCGGCCCAAGGAGACGGGGGUCAUCCAGGGCACCGUCCCCUACCUGGGCACCUUCCUCACAGACCUGGUGAUGCUGGACACCGCCAUGAAGGACUAUCUGUAUGGGAGGCUGAUCAACUUUGAGAAGAGGAGGAAGGAAUUCGAAGUGAUCGCCCAGAUCAAGCUGCUCCAGUCGGCCUGCAACAAUUACAGCAUUGCCCCCGAGGACCACUUCAGGGCCUGGUUCCGGACCAUGGAGCCGCUCAGCGAGACUGAGAGUUACAACCUGUCCUGUGAGCUGGAGCCUCCCUCCGAGUCAGCCAGCAACACCCUCAAGGCCAAGAAGAACACAGCCAUCGUCAAGCGCUGGAGCGACCGCCAGGCCCCCAGCACGGAGCUCAGGACCGGCGGCAGCUCCCACUCCAAGUCCUGCGACCAGCUCAGGUGCGGCCCCUACCUCAGCAGCGGGGACACUGCUGACGCUCUCAGCAUCCACUCGGCCGGCUCCUCCAGCUCUGACGUGGAAGAGAGCAACAUGAGCUUUGUCCCAGAGUCCCCUGAUGGCCAGGAAAAGAAGUUCUGGGAGUCAGCCUCCCAGUCGUCCCCGGAGACCUCUGGCAUCAGCUCGGCCUCCAGCAGCAGCUCCUCCUCCUCAGCCUGCACCCCACCCGUGGCCGCCGCACGCGCCCACCAGCGCUCCCUCUCAGGGGUCUGCAGCCACAGCUCAUCGCUGCCCCUCUACAACCAGCAGGUGGGCGACUGCUGCAUCAUCCGUGUCAGCCUGGACGUGGACAACGGCAAUAUGUACAAGAGCAUCCUGGUAACCAGCCAAGAUAAGGCUCCGGCCGUAAUCCGCAAGGCCAUGGACAAACACAACCUGGAUGGGGAUGUGCCGGAUGACUAUGAACUGGUGCAGGUUAUUUCGGAGGAACGUAAGCUGAAGAUCCCCGAGAACGCCAACGUGUUCUACGCCAUGAACUCUGCCGCCAACUAUGACUUUGUCCUAAAGAAACGGGCCUUCAGCAAAGGGACAAAGGUUAGGCAUGGAGCCAGCUCGACCCUCCCUCGAAUGAAGCAGAAGGGACUCAGGAUCGCCAAGGGCAUCUUCUGAUUGGUCCUAGGUGCUGGCCAGCCUCAGGACUGCCCUUUGCAGGGUCUGCCGGCCAGCCGCUGAGCACUUAGACCCCAGAGGCCCAGGCCGGGCAGGCACCUCCCGCCCACCCUGCCAGCCCAGGCCGCCUCCAGACUCAUCUCACCCCGACCUCUCCUGCUGCCGGGAUUGACGCCUGCCCAUUGGCAGGCUGACCUGGCCUCCUGUGGACCCCUUGCUGCCUCAGGUGCCUUCUGCUCUCUGGAACCAGAGGACUAGCUGACUUUGCCAAGCAGCGCUGCCCAUGGGCGUGGAGCCCUGCAUGCUGCCGGGCACUGCCCUCUGUGCACUCCCUCCACCUUCCCAGGUGUGAGUCACUGCCACCUGUGCCCAUGGGCACCCCUCAUCUACCAGGUCUGACCACUGCAGUUCUCUCCUCAUGCCCACGGGCACCGGCCCAGGCCCUUCGUGGGGUCCCGGUCCCUCCUCCCACCACUCUAGCCUUUCUCAGGCUGCACCAAAGAUUCCAUCGUCAGGGCCAACUGAGAGGGAGUCUCACCCACCCCCACGCUCCCCGCCUCCCCUGGUGGAGAGGGACCCUCUCCCUGGGUCACACUCUUCACCUGGAGGGUGAGGGUGGUCUCAGCUGAGGCCCGUUGAUGUUGAAUCUCACAACACAGUGCCGUUCACCACUGUAUCCUGGGCUUCAUGAGACCACUCGAGACGGGGGUCAGUGGGAAAGGGGAUUUGGGGGAAGGGGAGGGGGAUUGAAUAUUUGUAUAAAAGACAAAAGAAAAAAUGUUUACCACUUGGGGAGGGGCAAUAUUUAUUUGUUGUAAAUAGCAAAUGCUAGACUUGAAUAUUAUAUUAAAAUCCUGUUUCUACUA